AUGGAUGACACCAAUGCUAAAAACCCUCAUCUGGAAAUAUCAGAGAUAAUGUGUGCUAAGUGCGGUAAGCGAGAAACGAUUGAAGUUUCCUUCAAUGCGAUACCAAUAGCAGCUUGGAGAUGCGAUAGAUGCCGGGCUACAAGUAGCGUGGCUUCGUGUAAAAGUGAACACGGAGAUACGAAUGCAACUAGACUGGCAAUGCAGAUGCAGUUUAUCGAGCAAGAGCAAGCGAUCCGUCUACGACGGUUAGAACGAGAGAGUGAGCUAGAGAAACUUCGCAUUAAACAAGAGCAGACGGUAGAACAAAAACUACUCGAAGAGCGAGAGACGUUAGAGAGACGAUUUCUCAAAGAACGUUUCGAGAUGUUAUCGAUGAACAUCCCGAACGAUAGGGAAAGUGUACACAGUCGGGGAAGUCAUCGCCACAGCGUCGAAAAGGUGAACGAUUGGAUCGAGCAAUCCCGCCGACAACUGGUCGGGAAUCAGGUUGACCCUGAAAUAGUUGCUCGCCCAACAAACGGCACUACUAACGAAGUGCGAACCAUUCCGUCGAACGGAACGACCAGCCACGUAUCGGCUCCCCAACCCUUUCCCUAUGAAUCGUCGGGCUCACAAGCCGACACGAGAUCAGUAUCUGCUCUGAAUUCCAUAUGCAGUGUUGGACGUCGCUCUCUCGAUGCACCGCACAUCGAUCUUGCUCCCGAUACAGAGCGCCGCCCUUUUAAAGCGCCACGUGAUCCUUCCAAAGGACCUUCGCAGCAGCAGAUUGCAGCUCGGCACGUCAUGCCACGUGAUUUACCAACCUUUUCGGGAAACCCCGAAGAAUGGCCUCUAUUUAUAAGCCAAUAUAACAAUACGACAUUAGCUUGUGGGUAUAGCAAUGCAGAGAAUCUUGUGCGACUUCAGCGAUGCUUGAAGGGACACGCGUUAGAAUCGAUGCGAUGCAGUCUCUUAGUGCCAGACACCGUUCCCCAAGUUAUAGAUGAUCUCAGAAUGCUGUACGGUCGCCCCGCGCUCUUGGUGGAGAUGCUGCUGAGAAAAGUUCGAAGUAUACCAGCUCCGCGGUCAGACAAGCUAGAAAUGUUGAUCGAUUUCGGUAUGGCGGUUAAUAAUCUCUGUAGGCAUUUAGAAGCAGUAGAGCAAAAAUCCCAUCUGACCAAUCCGAUGUUGCUGCAAGAGCUGGAAGACAAAUUACCUGCUGAUAUACGAUUACAAUGGGCGCUUAGGAAAGGGACUAUGAGCGGUGCAGAUUUAUUGCAUUUAAAUGAUUUCCUCAUGACGCUUGUUCGAGCAGCUAGCCAGGUAGCACAUCGUACUGUAGCUCCUAAUGAGAGGCAAAAAGUAAAGGAUAAAACUUUCGUUCAUGCUCAUUCGGAAUCAGAGCAACCCGUUCAUUCGAAUGUAGUACUAGCUCCCAACGUACCGAAAACCCAUAAAAACUGUCCUGUAUGCAAGAUGGCGGAACAUGCCGUGAAAGAAUGUCCGGAGUUUAAAUCGUCGGAAGUCGAACAGCGAUGGAAGAUUUUACAUACCCUGAAACUGUGCCGGAGCUGCCUGAAUGGUCAUGGCAAAAAGCCAUGCAGAUUUUCAACCCAAUGUGGACAGGAUGGAUGCCAGUACCGUCAUCAUAUUUUGCUGCAUUCCGCGCCUAGAACGCCAAAUCAGGCAUCACAUCCUACCUCGCAUGGGAGGAGACCAAUUGCUGGCCCAUCUACAUCAGAAAGUCACACGCAUCGAUCGAAAGAGUCAGCACUGCUUUUCAAGAUGCUGCCUGUCACGCUCCAUGGAAAGAACGGAGUCGUUGAGACUUUCGCGUUUUUGGACGAUGGUUCGGAUUCAACGCUGAUCGAAAGUACCCUAGCAAAUAAGCUAGGCAUAACAGGAUUAGUUAGGCCUUUAACGCUGAAGUGGACUAACAACGUUACUCGGCAAGAGAACGAAUCGCAGGUUGUUCAAGUUAGUAUCUCUGGACGAAACAAGGCAAGACGGUACGUCAUGAAUGCACGCACGGUUAGUAAGCUGCAGCUGCCCAAACAGACUCUUCACUUUCAAGGGCUAGCAGAAAAGUAUUUGCACCUACGCGGUCUUCCAGUGACAAGUUAUGAAGCGGCUACUCCACAGAUAAUUAUCGGACUAAAUAAUUUGCACAUUUCGAUGCCACUUAAAUUUAGGGAAGGUGGCGAACGGCACCCAGUGGCAAUAAAGACUAGGCUCGGCUGGAGUGUUUACGGAGGCGAAGGUGAAGACGAUUUAAAUCACACAUUCCACAUCCAUGAGAAGGAACUGCACGAGGUCGUUAGGGAAUACAUCUGUCAGGAAGAUCUCGGAGUUAAAGCCAUAACGGUUGAAUCAGAUGAGGAAAAGCGAGCUAACAGCAUCCUGGAAAGCACCACGAUUCGAGUUGGCGACCGGUUUGAGACCGGACUGCUCUGGAAGCAGGAUUAUUUUGAGUUUCCUGAUAGCUAUUAUAUGGCUCUCAAACGUCUGCAGUGUCUCGAACGAAGAAUGGCCCGAGAGCCAACUUUAAAGGAAAAUCUUCACCGACAAAUAAGGGAAUACCAAGACAAGCAAUACGCUCACCGUGCAAGCGAAGCAGAAUUACAGAAUGCUGACCCGAGGAGAAUUUGGUAUCUCCCAAUAGGCGCAGUAGUGAACCCAAAAAAGCCACAUAAAGUACGGCUAAUUUGGGAUGCUGCCGCGAAGGUCGAGAGCGUGUCCCUGAACAGCAUGCUGAUGAAAGGUCCAGAUUUAUUAGUAUCUCUUGCGGCAGUGCUGUUUCGAUUUCGAAAAGGAUCAAUCGCUGUGAGCGCAGACGUGAAAGAAAUGUUUCACCAAGUUCAAAUAAGGACCGCCGACCGCCACUCGCAGAGAUUUCUUUGGACGGAAGAUCCGUCAAAACCACCUGAAAUCUACCUCAUGAACGUAGCUACCUUCGGUGCAACGUGCUCCCCAUGCUCCGCGCAAUAUAUAAAAAACAAAAACGCACAGGAGUUCAACGAAAAGUUUCCAAAGGCAGCCGAGGCCGUUUUGAAAGGCCAUUAUGUUGACGACUAUGUCGACAGUUUCAAUACGAUUGAAGAGGCACGAGAAAUAGCCUUGCAAGUAAAGUGGAUUCAAUCCAAAGCGGGAUUCGAUUUACGCAAUUGGCUGAGUAAUUCUCCCGAACUGAAUGCGGUACUGGGUGGAUCAUCGAAUGCAAUGAUAAAGGAUCUGAUGUUGGGCGGUGGUGAGUCCUCGGAACGAGUUUUAGGAAUGCUGUGGUCACCUGAAGACGACUCGCUCGGGUUCUCUGCAAAAAUGAGAGCUGAUGUACAGCUACUCAUAGAUGAAAACAAAAGACCAACGAAAAGGCAGGUGCUCAGAUGUGUUAUGACCAUCUACGACCCUCUGGGACUGCUUACAUCAAUACUCGUCCAUGGAAAAGUGUUAAUUCAACAAAUUUGGCGCUCUGGAGUCGGAUGGGAUGACUGGAUCGAUGAUGUCGCUUUCGAAAGGUGGCUGCAAUGGAUAGAGAUGAUACCAAAGGUCAACCAAAUUCGAGUACCGCGAUGCUACCAUGGCAUCAGAUCACGCCUGUACACGGAUAUCCAGCUGCAUGUAUUCGUUGAUGCUAGCGAAGCUGCGUAUGCAUGUGCAGCAUACUUCCGAUAUCUAAUCGACGAUGGAACGGCCAAUACCGUUCUGGUGACGGCGAAAUCAAAAGUUGCUCCUCUUAGACCAAUUUCCAUUCCUCGUCUUGAGUUAAACGCUGCAGUACUUGGAGCUCGAGUAGCGAAAUUUGUAAAGGAAAAUCAUCGAGUGGAAAUUUCGAAAACCGUCUUCUGGAGCGAUUCAACUACGGUGUUAGCAUGGAUCCAGGAAACUGAAUGGCCUCAACAGUUUGUAAACCCAUUAUGUACGGAUGAGGAAAUCCGAUCGUGCUUCACGCACCACACGAUUCAAAAUCGUAGCCAGCUACUGGAUUAUAGUCGAUUCUCAAAAUGGACCACCAUGCUUCGAACUAUGGCGUAUGUGUUGCGGUAUGUAAACAUUCUAAAAGAAAAACGUACUGGAUUGGAGAUUUGCGUCGGUCGUCUCACACAGGAAGAAUUGCAAAAUGCAGAGCGGGCCAUUUGGAAAGCCGUGCAGUGGGAGUGCUACAAGGAUGAAAUCUUGGCAUUAGAGAAAGGUUUCCAGUCACCAGAUAUGCCAGCUCAAACAAUCGACAAAGGUAGCUCGAUAUAUACAUAUUCACCAACAGUAGAUGAACUCGGUGUUUUACGCAUGGACAGUCGAGCUAAAUCAGCACCGAACAUACCAUCAGAAGCGAAGUUUCCAGUAAUUUUGCCAAAAAAUCAUCGAGUGACAGAGCUGAUUCUCAAUGAUUAUCACUACAAAUACCAUCACGCUAAUCCAGAAACUAUUACAAACGAGGUCCGCCAACGAUUUGUUAUUCCUUUUCUGCGUGUUGCAGUACGGCGCAUGUCGAGGAACUGCCAACUUUGCAGAAUCAAGCGGGCUCAACCAGCGGCGCCAAGAAUGGCACCUCUACCGGCCGCCAGGUUAGCGUCAUUCGUUCGUCCCUUUUCGUAUGUAGGACUGGACUACUUCGGACCUAUUCUGGUGCGUCAAGGAAGAUGUGAGGUAAAGCGGUGGAUAGCUCUUUUCACCUGUCUGACGAUAAGGGCCGUGCCUGUAGAAGUGGUUCACAACCUGACCACCGAAGCUUGCAUAAAAAGUGUGCGAAGGUUCGUUUGUCGCCGAGGGGCUCCACUUGAAAUCUACAGCGACAACGCGACUAAUUUUAUGGGAGCCGAAAUCAUUCUACGAGAUCAGGUGAGCAAAAUCAACAAAGAAUUGGCCGACACGUUUACUAGCACGUCCACCAAGUGGCUAUUCAUACCUCCUGCAUCUCCGCACAUGGGCGGCUGCUGGGAGAGAAUGGUGAGAUCCAUUAAGACGGCGAUGUCUCAAAUUUCUACACAUCGACGUUUGGACGACGAAGGAUUGCUCACUUUGGUUAUCGAAGCAGAGGCGAUAGUCAAUUCACGACCCUUGACAUACAUGCCUCUGGACACACCUGAACAAGAGUCGCUGACUCCAAACCACUUUCUGCUAGGUAGUUCUAGCGGAGCUAAGCAGCCUAUUGCGGAAUUAACUACAACUGCUUCGGUGCUUAAAGGAGGGUGGAAUCAAAUUCGUCAUCAGUUGGACACGUUUUGGCGACGUUGGACCAAGGAAUAUUUACCAACUAUAACACGGAGAACUAAAUGGUUUAAGGAAGUUAAACCAGUGGCAGUCGGUGAUUUGGUUUUAAUAGCUGAUGAUCCAAAACGCAACAAUUGGAUUCGAGGACGAGUAACAAGAACGAUCAUCGCUAGGGAUGGCAGAGUGCGUCAGGCGGUAGUUUCCACAUCGAAGGGUGAAUUUCGACGUCGAGUUAUAAAGCUCGCUGUAUUAGAUGUUAAUGAUGUCGGUAAAACUGCAACAGACACGCAGUCUUACGGGGGCCAGGAUGUUACCACGAACGCGGCUGGUAACCCUACAUCGAUCGAUUUUGCUGCGGGGGUAUAA